AUGAAGUUGUGGUUUCGACAAGGGCGAAAAAAAGCCAUAUCACGUGACAUCGCCGAAGAAGCCGAGACGAUGAAACAAGAACCUGGAAAAACGCAGAAGAAAAGAAGCAAAAAAAGUCGAAAGGACGAGCAGAAGGAAAAGGGAGAGGCGAACGCUGCUGCUGUUGGCGCUGCCCCUUUCUCCAUAUCUAUACUCCGUACAUAUCACACUGCGCUAGAGUGUUUGGGAGGCAACCCCCGAGUUCUCCACCCCCGUCUUACAUAUAAUUUUAUCAACACCUCGAUCAGCGACAGGGACGAAAAGACGGCAGAAGAAGGCGACAAAAACCCCCAUCAUCUCUCACUUCUCCCUCCUCUCCAGCAUGCUGUAGAAAGACAUCAGCUAUUCCCUUCCGUUCGUUUGCUCUCUGUCAGCUCCUCCCCGUCAAACCUCCCGCGCCGUUCUGCCCCGGACCACCAACACUAA